GUCAAACAUGCCGGUGGACAACGCCAACGUUGAUGCGGUGGGAAUGAAUGGUGAAAUGAUGGGAGAGGACUCCCCAAUGAGUCCUCCCGAGGAUGGCGUCGGUUCGGGUGGCAGUGGGAGCGAGGAAAGCAGCAACUCUCCCAGUGCACCUUCAUCGAUCUCCUCCUCCACCAGUGGCUCAUCUGCGUCCACCUGCGAGGCAUCAUCGCCUCCUGCAGCAACAACAGCAUCAACAACACCUGCUCAGGCUCAGAUGCUUUACCUGCCCGUUGGGCUGGCCAACAUCAAGGAGGAACUGCCGGAACCAGAAAUACAGGCCGAUUCGGAGGUAUCCCUGGAAGAGGGCCACGUGCUAGUGCAGGUGCUCGAGGACACCCCCAACGAUGAGGCACCCCCACCGGAACCGGAAGUGCAGAUACGCGCGGGAAAAGUGGACGAGUCCUUCCGGAAACUGACCGCCGCCGACACCGUUACCUGUUACCCGGCCAAGGGCAACGUGAUGCGGGUGCAAAUGGGCAAAGUGACGUACCAGCUGACGGAUCAAAUGCUCAAAUCGGGUGCCCUAGCGGCGGCCAUGCACAACCCGCACCUGCUCACGAAGGAUCAGCUCGAGCGGAUGAUAUCGGAAAAGGAUCCGGAGCUGGAGUACCGGAAGCACCACAACAACAACAGCACCUGGCAGCGCUACAUGCCGAUGUAUUAUCGUGGCGUGAAGCAGAACUACGUGCGUUGCCUCGAGUGCGGCUGGCUCGUGCUCCACAAGGCUAGCACCGGAACCGGAAGUUUACUGCGGCAUCGGUGUAAAAUCAAACUGCCGUCCGGUGUCGAGGUGAAGCUCGAACCGAAGGUGUCCAGUAGCUGGAGUGCCACGCACGGAAAGGCCGGAUCUGGUGCGAAAUCGUCCGCCACUGCCAUCGGUGGGAAAGUGGUUCAAGCGGCGACGACGGCACCGGGGACGGUGUCAGGUGCGGUGGCUUCAGGAACUCAGGGUGCAACGAGUGCAAGUGGGGUGGUGAAAUAUGGCACCGGAACGGUUCUGCCGCAGAACGUAAAAGACGAGCUCGUACGACAGCAGGCAUGUGUCCUUUAUAAGGGCAUCGUAAGUGCGGACCUUUUCGAGCAACCGAGCUUCCGUACGCUGGCUCAGAUGCUGGUCAACAUUGGAGCGUUUUACGGGCAGCAAAGCGAAGGGUUGCUGGCAUCCCGUGACGCUCUGCUCGACUCCGUCCUACCCGCGAUGUACCAUGAGGCCAAAAGCCAACUUAACAGGGUCCUGUCCGAUUGCGAUCUGACGUUUAGCUUCAGUUUGUUUCGGCACGAGCACGAAAGGCGCAGCUACGUUGCGAUUAACGCGUACACGGUUGCUUCCGAUUACUACUUCCGGCCACUGCACGUGAAAACGCUCGAUGUGACGGGACAGGAGGGCGCGUACGUUGAACACCUGCAGCGUAUUAUCGAGGACAGCCUUGCGCGGACGUUCUCCGAACCGAUUAAGCUCGUGUACGGAGGACCUCCGUGUGAUGCACCGGAUAGCACCGAAACGGAACAGGCACUCCGAGGACACCGCGAGCAGUACGAGUUGAUUCCGUGUGCCGUCACCAUGCUGUGGGGCAUCAUGAAACGCGUGCUCGAGCUUUUCCAGUGCGACAGUGGCCGGUACCUGGAGCGAUUCCUGAUCGAGGGUGCGCCUGGUGAUUCGGACGAGGACGAAUCGGCACCGGCUGAGUUCGCGGUCCUUCAGCGGUUCCUGGAGCCAUUCCGUGAGCCCAUCCGUACCCUGGCGUCGGAUACGGGUGUCACCAUUAGCGAGGUGGUGCUGUGGCGCAAAAAGCUCGAACUCAGCUUCCGCCCUGAGCCGGAUGAUGAGGAAGAAGUGCGAUUGCUGAAGGAGACGCUGGUGGCUCAACUUGCGGAGCAUUUUCCACUGCAUGACUACCACCGCAUAGCGGUGUUUCUCGACCCAAAAUUUAAGGGUCUUCGCUUUUUGCCUGACGACGAGCGUGAUGAGACGCUGGCUCGAGUCCGGCAUCACCUGCACGCUGAUCUCGAGGGCAUCGAGCGCGUUAAACGGGGUCAGUACGGUGCGAACGGGUCCCGAAAACGACGCAGCUCACUUCCGGCGGCUGAGCUGCGGUUCUACGAGUUUAUGGACGCAUCGCUUAAGCUCGAGUGCGACGAUGUCGUUGACGAUGAGAUUCAGCAGUACGUAGAUGUGAAGCUCGAGAGUGCGGUUGAUAUUAUGUCGUACUGGCGCACCGAGACGGCGUAUCCGCUGCUGAAGCGCCUGUGCCGGCGUAUCCUAAACAUUCCCGCGGCCUGUGAUGAGAUGCGGCAGCUGUUCGGUCAGACCGGUCAGCAUGAGCUGCAGAAGCGGCGGCUCGCGUUGAGCGACCGUGAGCUGGACAUGGUGAUGUACCUCCACCAGAACGUGAGCAGCCCGUGAAGCGGGUGCGAUUUGCGGAAGGACAGAAGAGAAUAAACUUUAUAUUUAUUAAUUUUUAAGACGGUCCUUCUUUUUGACUUUUCCUUUACUGAUUACCCACAUCCGAAGAUCUCUAGCAGCAGCGAGCAUCAUGUUUUAUCUGUGUCCUGAAUUUUUCGCUUUUCAUAGGUCUCGUGACCGGUUCCUGGAAUCGAGCCAACAGAUCGAGGCUCUGGUAGAGCGAUUCGCGCGUGAAACGCCCAUCCCGGAGGCUCCG